AAAACACAAGUGUCUCUCAUAUAACUAUUUCAACAUAGGACAUGGUAGUGCACCGACUGUCUGUCUGUUUCUGUAGAUUGGGUAUGGAAGUUGCUCCUACAACACCAGCGAGCUUCCACUCUCUGCUAUUCCUCUUCUGCAUCUCAUUGGUUGUUUUUCAUACCUUACUUGUUGGAGCUGAUGUAUCCCAUGUUUCCACAACUCAGAGAGAUGUCAGUAAGUGCCAGAGGUUGUGUCAAUGUGAGCAAUGCUGGCAUACCAAGGAAGAAGGUGAAUCUUAUGUAACCGGAACCAGCAAAGUUCUGGAUGAAAAGAAUAUUGACAUAAUUGCGACAUACAGCAACAAUUAUGGAGCUGUUCAAAGUAGUAGGGUUAGACUGGGAGACCUAUCUGCUUCCUGGGUCUUGGAAAAUCCCAUUGAUGGAAGGCAUGGCCAUCCAAAGAGUGUGCAGAUAGUGGAGGAUUCAUUUCAAUCUGGAAUGAGAGUUAAAGAGAACAGUGAGCAUUCUACAGAUGAUCCUCAUUCUGGAGAAGGUGAACUCCCGUAUUCUCGUCUAUCAUCAAUCAGCCCAGUGAAGCACAAACGUCGGAUAAUGCGAGAAGAAAGGAGGAAACUUCGGACUGCAGAGCUAUUGGGAAAAGAUAAAGAAGCUAAUGACCAGAUGGCAGCAGCUGCAAUUGACCGAUCAAAAUCCUUCGACACCACUGUCACGGGAAAGUACAGCAUAUGGAGGAGAGAUUAUGAAAACCCAAAUUCUGAUUCAACUUUGAAACUUAUGAGGGACCAGAUCAUAAUGGCCAUUGCUUAUGCAAACAUUGCCAAGUCAAAGAACGAAAGUGUUCUUUAUAAAUCUCUCAUGAAGCACUCUAAACUUAGUCAGAAUGCUAUUGGAGAAGCACAUUUCGAUGCUGAGCUUCCUUCAAGUGCACUUAAACGAGCAAAAGCAAUGGGCCGUGCUCUCUCUUUAGCAAAGGACAAACUAUAUGACUGUCAUACAAUGGAGAUGAAGUUAAGAGCUAUGCUUCAGUCAACUGAAGAUAAUGUAAAUGGUCUGAAGAAAAAGAGUGCAUUUUUGAUCCAGCUUGCGGCAAAAACAGUCCCCAAACCGUUACAUUGCCUUCCUUUGCAACUUGCAUCAGACUAUUUCCUGUUGGGCUAUAAUAAUAGGGAGGAUGUUAACAAAGAAAAGCUUGAGGAUCCUUCUCUGUACCACUAUGCUAUCUUUUCUGACAAUGUUCUAGCAACUUCAGUGGUUGUUAAUUCUACUGUGUUGCAUGCAAAGGAACCCAGCAAGCAUGUUUUCCAUGUGGUAACUGAUAAAUUAAACUAUGCUGCUAUGAAAAUGUGGUUUCUUGUCAACCCUCCUCCUGGAGCAGCAGUGCAGGUUGAAAAUAUUGAUGAUUUUAAGUGGCUAAAUUCCUCUUCUUGUUCUGUACUACGUCAACUAGAGUCUGCCAGACUUCAAGAGUAUUAUUUCAAGGCAAACCAUCCUUCCUCACUAUCACUGGGUUCUGACCAGCUCAAAUAUCGGAAUCCAAAAUAUUUAUCACUGCUGAAUCAUCUGAGAUUCUACCUUCCUGACGUUUACCCAAAGUUGGACAAGAUCCUAUUUUUGGAUGAUGACAUUGUAGUUCAGAAGGAUUUGACAGCUCUUUGGUCUAUUGAUCUUCAAGGGAUGGUAAAUGGUGCAGUGGAGACCUGUAAAGAAAGCUUCCAUAGGUAUGAUAAAUACCUCAACUUCUCUAAUCCAAUAAUAUCUGCGAAUUUCGAUCCAAAUGCUUGUGGCUGGGCAUUCGGCAUGAAUAUGUUUGACUUGAAAGAGUGGAGGAAGCGAAACAUGACCGGGGUAUAUCAUAAGUGGCAAGAUAUGAAUGAGGAUCGAACUCUUUGGAAACUUGGUACAUUGCCACCAGGACUUAUUACAUUCUAUAAGCUGACCUAUCCGCUGGAUCGCGGAUGGCAUUCUUUGGGACUUGGCUAUGACCCAGCCCUUAACCAAACGGCAAUAGAGAAUGCAGCAGUCAUCCAUUACAAUGGAAACUACAAGCCAUGGUUGGAUUUGGCUAUUUCUAAGUACAAGAAUUACUGGUCAAAAUAUGUAAUGUAUGACAACCCUUAUCUUCGGAUUUGUAACAUCAAUCAAUAAACUACGCUCCACACACACACACCUCCACACAAAAGUACAUACACCUUGUAAUAUUCUUUUUUCCCAAGGAAAGCAAAAUAUCAAAAUUCUUUCUCUCAGAAA